UGUAGGAAACACCGUUUAACCCUCAACAACCGACAGGAGGCGCCAUAGCAUGAAUUAUCUCUAUUUUUGCUGGCUGAAGAAGAAGAAGAAAGCUUCAACCUUGUUUACGUUGGUUGUCUUACAAAUAAUGAAAAUGGCUAAAUGGCUUUAAGCCCUUAUUGAGCGUCUGUUUUCUAAUAGUUAUUUUUGUAACUGUCGCCCAUCUUAACUGAAUUGUGCCCUGGCUGUGUGUUGUAGCGAGCAGGGUUUAAUUAACUAGCAUUAGCUCCCCGUACUAACAUGGAGGAACCGUGGGGUUUCGAGUUCCUGUCUCGCGUCUUUGACAAUUUAGUGUCUUUUCUGGCCGAAUUUGUUGACGACUGGCUGGCCAACGACAUGAGAGUCGCCGUGUUCAAAAUACUUUUCAGCUGGCUCAUCCUCAGUUUAAUCGCCAUACAUUUCGCUUGGAAAGUUUAUGGUAACACGGUGAACGACAUGUACUACAGGCAAGGAACUGGGGGACAGAAUGGUGGCACACCGGAUACAGCACCUCACCUGAGUGGAUGGGAGAAUGCUGCCAGAGAAAUCCUAAAGUCACACCAUGAGUGAUCAGCCACCAGUUGGGUUCAUUUUGGCUUGAGUUAGAACCACAGUGACUAAUAAGACCUAAGACUUACUGUAACCAAAUUGCUGAAGGAAAAAACAAAAAAUUCAGGAGAUGCUCAUGUGAAGGUUUUGAGAAAUCAUUGUGAUAUCUGUACACAAGAUUGUCAAGAAGAAGGAACCAGGUCUGGCUUGGUGAAAAGGAAUCGGAAGAACCGUGACUGACUCUUUGCUGACACCUAGCGGCACUUUGUUGGAAAGACUCUUUGUAAUAAGAAAAUUAUAUAAAUCCUGACAUUGAUUAAACUUCACGUCCAUCCUUUCAGCUGCAAGCUUGUACAUAUAGCAGUGAAGACCCUGCUCUCCUAGUCUCAGACUGCACAGCUUCUGAGCAGCAACAAUUACAUUACCAUUUAAUUUAUGACACAUUUAGCAUGAUGUAACUGAGCCUGGGGAUAAAGUUGGCUACAACAAUACACCAAAUUCUAACAUAACAAUGCAUUGUUGUCUUGUAAGUCUUGCUGAAAACUUUACUGGGAUUUCACCCUAAUUUCACCAGCUUCUUAUUCCAUCGUUGACUGAAUAAAAAUAACAGCAAGUAUGUUCAAAGGUGGAAGCAUAUUUGUCUGUACACUAACCAGGCAGUUGUUUUUGUAGAAGGGCAGACUGUCUACCUAUGCACUCUGAGUGAAAGCCUUUUACACUCUGUUGGGAAAAACAAUAAAAGGCCAUUCUUUCA